GGAACAGACUGAAGACCGAAUCUGUGAUUGACAGGCCUCGUUUAACCUUAAUAUCGUUAACUGUAAGCGCUACAGUAGAUGUAUUUACAGUAAAGCAGUUGUUGGUUUCGUUCAGUUCAGGUUUUUUUCAGCUCCUGCUGAUAUUCGAUCCGUCGGUCUAUAUUUAUCUGCUCGGAGCUCAGAGCGCAUGCGCAGAAACUCACUCUACACCGAAACAGAACACACCAGAGCCGGCAGGCGUGGGCAUGGAUGUGUAUGAGGUCAGAGGUCGCCUGGACGUGAUCACAGAGGAGCUGACGGCGAGUGAGGAGGAGGAGGUGGCUGAUGAAGAGGCGUUUGUGAUGGUGCAGGACUCUACUGAUGUGGCCACACUGAAGGUGAGUCGCACAUUUGACGAGUGUGUGACCCGAGCGUCUGAGGUGUGUGACCCAUGCUGUGCUUCCCAGGAGCAGCUGUCCAGAAGCAGGAGCAAACUGAGCCAGAAGAUCAUGGAGAUGGAGAACUUCGCCAGUAACCUGGAGGAGAUCUUCAUCACUGUGGAGGAGAACUUCGGCCGGCAGGAGCAGAAUCUGGAGCAGCACUAUAACGAAGUUCUGCAGACGCUGUCGCAGAAGAACGAGGCACGAGCCGCGGCGCUGGAUGAGCAGAAGAACAGCAAGCUGGAGCAUUUGUACGGUCAGCUGCUGCGAUGCGGUCAAACACUGGACACAGCCAAAGAGCUGAUCGAGAGAGCACAGGAGCUCCACCGCAGACCAGACAAACAUGCCUUCCUGCAGGCUGUCAUGCCAGUUAUGAAGAGAGUCGAGCAGUUUGCCAGAGAGGAAGUGGAUCUAAAGCUGGGAGUGUCUCUGGACUUCGAUGUCCCGAAGAUGGAUCUGUCCCACGUCAGACAGAUGAUGGACUCCAUUAAUGUACUUCCAGCUCCAUCGGCUCCGGUCAUGAAUCCUCAGAUCGCUAACUCUGCCACAGACACAUCACUGCACGUGUGCUGGAGUCUGUUCUCGGACGACACUGUGGAGUUUUACGAGCUUUCCUGGCGUCUGAUCUCUGAUGACUGCACUAUGGAGAUGCAGCAGGAAGUGGCUCAGCUGAAGGUGAAGGAAACUCACUGCACCGUGUCUGAUCUGCUUCCUAACGCUCAGUAUGAACUUUGGGUGACAGCCACCAACACCACAGGCAUCAGCCCGGCCAGCGAGAGGGCCGUCUACAUGACGGUUCCCUCUCCUCCGGUCCUUAAGCCACGGCAGUGUGUGAGCAGCCUGGACUCGGCGCUGAUCCGCUGGGACUCUGGAAACACCGAUCCAGUGGAGUCGUACACGCUGGAGCUUCACCAGACACAUGCAGAUGGCUGCUCUGUCACCGAGUCCAUCGUGGCGAUCCCAUCCUGCGAGUGUCUGCUGCAGCUUCAGCCCCGGAAGAACUACAUCAUCCACAUCAGAGCCGUGAACAUCGGGGGCCCGAGUGACCGGAGCCAGCCCAUCACUGUCUCCACCAUAGGUACAUUCUUCCACCUGCUGGAAGACACCGCACAUCCGAGCCUGUCUCUGUCAGCUGAUGGCCUCACUAUGUUCUAUCUGGAUGAAGAUCUUCCCAUCAGUCACAUGACCUUCAGCGACAACACCUUCAACAGGUGCGUGGCGGUUCUGGGUGACCUAGUGCCCGUCAGAGCCCAGUACUACUGGGAGAUCGAGGUGGACGAGAGCACAGAGUUUCGUGUGGGUGUAGCGUACGAGGACACACAGCGCAACUCAUACCUGGGCGGGAACAACACGUCCUGGUGCAUGAGACACAUCCUCACGCCGUCCAGGCAUAAAUACGAGUUCCUGCACAACGGCUGGACGCCGGACAUCCGCAUCACCGUGCAGCCGCUGCGGAUCGGUGUGUUUCUGGAUUAUUCCCGUGGGAUCCUCUCCUUCUUCAACGCCGCGCUACAGCAGCACCUCUACACCUUCAGCGCUCAGUUCCUGCACUACGUCCAGCCGUGUUUUGCUCUGGAUAAUCCCGGAGCACUGAUGCUCCACACCGGACUGACCACGCCGUCACACAUCACUCAGGCCUGAGCUGAAUAAACCAGACACCAGCAUCUGUGUGGACUUGCUUUCUUUUAUUAUUCCAUAGGAACAGUUACACAGCGGUCAGUAAAACAUGUGAUCAAAUAAAAGUGUGCUGCUGCA